AUGAAACAGUUGUCAAUUACAAACUUCUUUGGCAACAAUGAAAUCUCCAUUUCACCUCAAGAUGCCUCCAGAACUACGACUACAAUAUCCAAACAAUUUGAACCAUCUCCGACCUCUGAGAUAAUUGAACCUUCGACGCCCCAUGGCUUCAAUUACUCCAAGUCUCCCACACCGUUAGAGGAAUCAGUUGAAUCUGCCACAAUUUCUCUGGAGUCUGAAAAUACCAUUUCACCAGAGUCGAAUACGGAAAGACCAGGAAACAUUUCGGUGCUCGAUUUUGAUCAGAGAGAUGGUAAUGAAAUAGAGCUUUUCCUUGCUUGUAGUCGUCAGGUAUUCAACGAAAGGUUCAACAUUCUCGGAGAUGAUUUGGAUGAAAUUAAUUACGACUCUGAAGAAGACAUGGAUGACUAUGGAGAAGACCUGGAUGACUUCUCAUUAUUCGAAGAAAGAGUUGUCAAUGUGUUAAAAGCAACAACACGAUGUUAUAUGUCAGAUCAGUGGCACGAGUUCAUUGAAAUGAGGACCUCAACCCAAUGA